UAUCGCGGGAAAAUAUGGCGGAUAUAGAAGUAAUGGAAGUCGACUCUAUCGAGUCAACAAAAAGCAAAUCAAAGCCUGGAGGAAGCUCGGGGUCAAGCCAUGAGCUACCAUGGGUUGAAAAAUAUCGGCCAACAAAAUUACACGACAUAGUUGGAAAUGAGGAAACCAUUAGCAGACUUCAGGUUUUUGCCAGGGAUGGAAAUGUGCCUAAUGUCAUCAUUGCUGGACCUCCAGGGACGGGAAAGACCACAAGUAUACUGUGUUUGGCACGAGCCUUGCUGGGACCAUCCUACAAGGAUGCUGUGUUAGAACUGAAUGCCUCUAACGACCGAGGUAUUGAUGUAGUAAGGAACAAAAUAAAGAUGUUCGCCCAACAGAAAGUCACACUACCAAAAGGUCGCCACAAAGUUAUAAUCCUGGAUGAAGCUGACAGCAUGACUGAUGGAGCACAACAAGCAAUGAGAAGGACAAUGGAAAUAUAUUCCAAGACGACACGAUUUGCGCUGGCCUGUAAUGCAUCAGAUAAAAUCAUUGAACCAAUCCAAUCACGAUGUGCUGUGCUGAGAUAUUCCAAGUUAACCGACGCACAGGUUCUGAAACGCUUACUGGAGGUCUGUGAGCAGGAGAGUGUUAGUUAUACGGACGACGGAAUUGAGGCCAUUGUUUUUACAUCACAAGGAGACAUGAGACAGGGAUUAAAUAAUCUACAGUCCACACAUCAAGGAUUUGGACAUGUUAAUAGUGAGAAUGUAUUCAAGGUGUGUGAUGAGCCCCACCCUGUGCUGGUGAAGGACAUGCUACAGCACUGUGUGAACGGGGCCCUGGAGGACGCCUACAAGAUCAUGGCUCACUUGUGGAAGCUUGGCUACUCAUGUCAGGAUAUCAUGACCAUUGUGUUCCGGGUGUGUAAAACACACAGCAUGCCAGAGUUCCUCAAGCUUGAGUUCAUUAAGGAGAUCGGCUACACACACAUGAGGGUAGCAGAGGGUGUCAGCUCGUUACUACAGCUCUCAGGGAUGUUAGCUAGACUUUGUAAAAAAUCAGCAUCACCGACUACGCUUGGACAAUGAACUGUACAACUUAAGGAAUUGUAAUCAGUGACCUCUGACCCUGAUCUUUGUAAAAGUGACCUCAAAUAUUCAGUAUUGAAUGUCGGAGGAUCCCAGUGCGAGUCAACAAUGGUUUUGUUCUCAUCUGUGUUGAUCAGGAAGUGAUUAGAACCUGUUUAUUACUCUUGUCCUGCAAGUAAACAUCUUAACAGAAGCGUCAUCAGAUUAACAAUAGAACCAGUGACAUUGGAAAAGUGGACAAAUGGUGGAUGAAAAUUAGAAACAAGUUUCUUUACCUUUAAAACCAGAUACUAAAUGACUUUUCUGGAUGAUGCUGUUGGUGUCUGCCCUCGAACAACUGACCUGAUGUGAAUGUGUCAUACCUAAUAAAGAGACAUGUCUUUUCCAUGGGGGGGAAAUGAUACAGGCAUGCACUGUGGUUUGGUUCUCAUUACAGAACGUGGUGAAACAUUAACACUCACCAUCACCUAAUGUUUGGAUACAGUCAUCAGUGCUAGUAUUAAAAUCACUAUUAUUUAAUAUACACUGCAACUUCAGGGAUGAAGUGGUAUCACAGAACACUGAAGCUGUUCCUUGAUGAACAUAAUCAAAACGUAAUACUUCUUUGUCCAUUGAAAAAUACGGGAUAGAUUUAUGUUGUGAACAGUGUACGAGAGUAUUCAGUAGCUUUUUAUGAGAAUAAUCAAUAGAAUCUUUCCCCUACCUUGAGGGUGUGACGGAGAAAGCUCCAACCCGAGGGCUCAUGAUUUUUGGUUGUCUAACCUGCCCGAGGCUCUGCCGAGUGUUAGAAAGAAAAAAAAUCAAUCCGAGGGUUGGAGAU